AAGUUCAUUUGAGUCUUUCCCAUUACUUUUUCUUUGUUUGACAGAAGAUGGGUGAGGGAAGAGGCAGCGCAAUUGUGGCCACAGUUCUGCUGUUCUGCUUGCUGCUUCAUUGUGACACUGCUCAUGCCACCACCUACGCUGUUGGAGGUGCCAAAGGUUGGACCCUCGAUGUCGUAGGCUGGCCUUAUGGAAAGCGCUUCAUGGCCGGUGAUAUUCUUGUGUUCAACUACAACGCAGCCGCCCACGACGUAGUUUCUGUGAACAAAGUUGGUUACAACACAUGUACCAUGCCUCGAGGAGCUUCCAAAGUUUAUCACACAGGAAAAGAUCAGAUCAAGCUGGUGAAGGGCCAGAACUUCUUCAUCUGCAGUUUUCCUGGACAUUGUCAGUCUGGAAUGAAGAUAGCCAUCACUGCUAUGUAAUAUCAAACUUUAAAGACUUCCGGCCUGUCAUCUCUAGUUCUACCUAUAUCUAAUUACACUCCUGUGAUAAAUAAAUAGAACUUGGUGAAUGACAUUAGGGUUAACUUGUUGUAAUGGGGACUUACUUUCCUUGGCAAAAAGCUUAUAUAUCAGUGUCCAGACCAAUGGUGGAAUAACGGUUUUUUUCUUUUUUUUUUUCCUA